AAAAGGAACUCACCCAAUAAUAGCAAAGCCCCAAACAGAUCAGCAAGUGAUGCUCCUAUAACUUUACACUUGCUCACAAAUUGGCCGACUCUUCUCUCUCCCUCAAAGUUGCAAAUGGAUUAUGGAGGUAGAUAUUCUGGCAGCAAUGCUAUUGAGAUCAUUCCAGAAGCUUCCAGUACCGGCGGUAGUAAUGCCUGGAUGCCUCCAUCCAAUGAUCAAUCAAUAUGGGCAACCGAGGAUGACUAUCAGGUUUGGAAUGCUGAGCCUUCCUCAGAUUCCAUCUCAAACUUCAGCCAAUCUCGGGCUGGAAGCGAGCAGCCUCCCAGCAAGAAAUCUCGAGGUUCUUCUCAGAAUGAUGCCCAGUUGAAUGGAUCAACAAGUAAGUCAAAGGCCAUAGGAAAGAUGUUUUUUAAAACGAAACUCUGCUGCAAGUUUCGUGCUGGGACUUGCCCUUACAUCACAAACUGCAAUUUCGCUCACGGGAUGGAAGAGCUCCGGCCGCCCCCUCCAAAUUGGCAGGAGAUUGUGGCGGCACAUGGCGGCCAUGAUGAGGCAUCAGAGCCGAGGGAGGAGCAUCAAAUCCCUAUAUUGACCUCCUCUAUGUUGGUGGGAGAGGGACAGAGGUCCUAUAAAGGAAGACACUGCAAGAAAUUUUAUACAGAAGAGGGGUGCCCUUAUGGUGAUAUGUGCACCUUCUUGCAUGAUGAACAAUCAAAAGCCCGUGAGAGUGUAGCAAUAAGUCUUUCACCUACAGUUGGGGGUGGAGGGUAUGGAACUGCCGCUAAUGGUUCAAGUCAGAAGCCUUCAAAUUGGAAGACAAGAAUUUGUAAUAAGUGGGAGAUGACUGGGUAUUGCCCAUUUGGUAGCAAGUGUCACUUUGCUCAUGGGGCAGCAGAACUUCAUCGAUAUGGUGGGGGGCUUGUAGAGACAGAUGGUAGAGACAUUACUUCAGCAGCAACAGACUCAAAGCAGGCUGGUGCGUCAGUAAAGGCUCACUCAGAUGUUGUUGUGGCGUCUAACACAUCAAUUCCACAUCCAGAUGUUUAUCAUAUGGGAGUUCCUGCUCAGAGGACUGCUGUUGGCAGUCAGAGGCAAGGACAGAGGCCUUUUCAGAAGUGGAAAGGUCCUGAUAAGAUUAGCAGAAUUUAUGGUGAUUGGCUUGAGGACCUCGAGUAGCACUGCUGCCUAGCGAAUACAAGGCACCUCGAAAUGGGGAGAUGUUUCUCCCAUAAUUUAUAAUGAAAUUGGGAGACGCAGAAAUGGUGCCUUCUUCAAUUGUAUUGCAUCCACAUGAACCUUCAAUAAACAGCAGGAUUCAGUAAGUUAUUUUCACUCGCUCCAGAGAGUUUAUAUAUAAUAACUCUUCUCGUGUGCAAAUUUCUUUGGUAGAACCAGAUAGCUAUGUGAAUUGCUGUCUUGACUAUUAUGAAAACACUUCGACAAGCCAAAGUUAUUGGAGGAUAUAGUUGAUGCAAAAGUUUCCUGCUUUCAUCUUUUGGACCGGUAUAAGGUAUGACAUAUGUUAAGAGUUGUAUGUUAGUCUGCAUGUUAAGAGUUGUAUGUUAGUCUGCAUGUUAUAGUUGUGAUGUUAUUGAGACAGAUGCGUAAGUUUAUCUGAUUUUCUAUUUUCAAAUGUGCACGUAGUGAAAGUGGUUUAUUGUCCCUAUUCCAUGCUCUGUUUUUGUAACUUGAUAACUGAAAGUAAAAGAAGCCAGUUUGCUUUGGCUAUGUUGAUGUAAGUUGUAAGACAUGAGUUAAUACAAACAGUUAGGAAACAUUUAAACAGUUUCCUGUGGUUUUCACAAUC